AUGGUGACACGUGCCGCAAGGAGAGCAACCAAUUCCCCAACGUUCAGCAAACCGACGAUUUCUGCCAGAGGCAAGGUGGAGUGCCGAGCAAUAGACGAGGUAGGGGCCUGUCGAUGCCUGCGCAGGUGCAAAGGGUUUCUUGUUGUACGACAAGAGGGCAACUACAAGUUCUACACCACCUCGGACGAUGGUUCGAACCUGUACUUGAACGGGGAGAAGAUUGUCGACAACGACGGCUGCCACGGUCAGAGGGAGAGAAGUAGCAGCUCGAAGCUGCUGAGCUCAGGCGCUCACGAGCUGAUCGUGGACUUUUGCGAAGCCCGAGGCGGCGAGAGACUAUAUGUGCACUACGAAGGGCCAGACACCAGCAACUCCAAGGUGACGAUCCCCAAGGAAGAUCUGAAGCACCGCAAGGCGCAUCCGCAGGGUUGGGGUGGGGAGUGUUUCUUUGCUGCGAGGUGGAGAGCCAGGCCACAAUGCAAGCUCCUGAAUAAAUGUCCUGCAGUAGCACCUGCUGAAAUAGAAGUGGCAAGAGAAACUUAA